AUGAAAGGUUUUCUUAUUUUGUGUAUUAUCGUAUCGAUCGUGUUAGCACCAGCGAGUGCUCAAAUUCAAUGUGCUCCACCAAACUGUGCAAUUGCCGCUAAUCGUGCUUUGUUAUUUCCACAUGAUGAUCCAACACUUUUCUGGCAAUGCUCUCCGGGUGUUCAAGGCUGGAUUCCUGUUGAAAGACCGUGUCAGUGUUUAACUUUCUUUUACACAAACCUUCAGAGAUGUGAAUUUCCUUUUAAUUGGACUCGACAAUGCAUUGGAACUGAUCCCAACGCAGUGCCAAGACCAUGUCCACCUCCACCUGAUAAUGAACAUUAA